CUUGGCUUACAGCACAGCUUACCUCUGUUGAGAUUGCCACUUAGACAAAAGGCUGGAAAUGUUGCUUCAGGAUAAGGGUGGAUAAGGCAGAUAUGAACACGCACAAACACACACACCCCCCCAGUGGUGCAGGUGUACAUAUAAGCGUGGUUGCCACCCGAGGACAGAACCCAGGUUGUGUUUCCUGAGCAAAAGCCAAGCUCUGCUGCUCACAGCUCAUCCAGCAACCAUGAAGACCACGGGGCUGUUGCUGCUGAUCUCUCUGGCCCUUUUCUGCAUCUCAGUUCCAGCUACUGAUGCGCUGCAGUCUGCAUCCACCUACUGCAGGAACCAGAGGACUUUCAGGAAUAUGUGUACCAUGGAGUAUAUGCCCCACUGCGGGUCUGAUGGUGUCACGUACUCCAACAAAUGCAUGUUCUGCAAUGCAUUCCUGAGAAGCCGUGGAGGUCUUGGUUUGAGGUCUCUUAAUGCAUGUUAA